CAACUGGUCGCGUGGGCUGGUCAUUCAUACCGUCGAUAGAGUGGGAGGGGAGAACUUGAGGUAUUCGAUUGCCGUGGGGACUCUUGAUAAGAGUUCGGCCAAAGACGAGGUCACGUGGUUAGAAACCGGGCCGAUGGUCUGAACCUUAUCGGGAUACCGUCCCGAUAAAGGGGCAGGACGAGAUGAGCGGAGGACGCUCCGAGUCGAGCACACCUUGGAAUCUAGAUGCAAACACUGCCUGCUUGGACGAUGGCCCCCGAGGCCAGUUCUCAAGGGUGGCUCGGAGCCGUUGAGUGCGAAAGCUACGUCCAUGAUACCAGGAUCCCGGUGAAUCGUCACGUUCAGGGGGGUGUCGAGAACAACUGAUUAAUGAUACGGCCGGCACAGCCUUCGCCGAGACUGAUGCUACAAUCGACAUAUUUGAGAUCUAGCAGCGCCUGCGGGAUUAGAAGUCCUCAUCGCAAUGUUGUCGCUGGCAGGAGUUCUCUGUGGUCUGGUCCUUUUGCUCCUCGCCUGCAAAAGCAUCGCGACUUAUCGACGCUUCGCUUCAAUUCCCGGUCCAUUCCUGGCCGGCUUCACGGAUCUGUGGCGAUGGAAAGCGCAGAACUCGCGAGGCUACUCGGCGAGACUGGUACGACUCCAUCAAAAAUAUGGCCAACUCGUCCGUAUCGGCCCCAACCAUAUCAGCAUCAGCGAUCCUGAUGCCGUUCCUGUCGUCUACGCCACCAAUCCUGUCUGGCAAAAGGCUCCUACCUACCAUCCUGCUGCGCCCAUCAGUGGCGGCCGGGCGGUUCCUAGCAUCAUUGCCAUGAGUGAAGCGCAACACACUGCUGUCCGACGAUCUGUCGGGAGCGCGUUCACGACCAACUCUCUGCUUGACUACGAGUCGGCCAUCGACGCCUCUGGAAAGGAUCUCUUGGAGGUACUUGGGAAGCACACGUCCCUCGACAUCACACAUUACCUGCAGCUCUGGGCGGUGGAUGUGUUGAUGCGCCUCGCCUUCAACGAAUCGCUGGGAUUCAUGCAGAAGGGAGGCGACGUGGAUGGGAUCCUCGAAGCCAUCAUCGGUCGUUUUGACCACUGGGGACGAUGGUCUGCGAUGCAGACCUUGGAGCACCACCUCUUCAAGGGCUCAUUUGCCUCGAUUGUGAAGAAGCAGGCCAACAGUGCUUUGGCCCGAGUCGGCCUGGAGAAGAUCAGGGCACGAUCACUCUCCCCCGGCCAAACGACAAACCGAGACUUGAUGCAGAAGUUCCUCGACGGGCAGGCCAAACACCCCGACCUGGUGGCACACGACGAGAUCCUCGGAAUCAUCAUGUCCACCAUUGGAGCCGGGGCAGACACCACGGCCGGUACGAUGACGUACACACUCCAUCUACUCUGCCGGAACCCGGGCGCGAUGCAGAAACUGCGAGACGAACUACACCAGGCUCUCGAGAGCGGCGACAUGUCGUACCCACCCAGGUGGACCCAGGUGAACAAGCUGCCAUAUCUCGAGGCCGUCCUCAAAGAAUCCAUGCGCCUGAUGCCCAUCGCGGCAUGGGGUCUGGAUCGAGUCGUCCCCAGAGGCGGUGCCACCGUAUGCGGCCGGUACUUUCCGGCCGGCACCGUCGUGGCCAGUCAGAUGGAUGCGACAAUGCUCGACGAGGCUGUCUACGGUCGAGACUCGGGUUCUUUCCGACCAGAACGUUGGGUAGAAGCGUCGGAGCAGCAGAGGCGCCGCAUGGACCGGACGUUCAUCGCCUUCAGCGCCGGUAAGCGUAUCUGUAUGGGACUUCACAUUGCCUGGCUGGAGUUGAAAAAGGCCCUUCCGCUGCUGGUGAUGAAUUUUGACAUGGCACUUGUCAACCCCGACCAAAAUCUUCAAGAGCAAAUCAGGAUCAGUGCGGUCAAGUAUGCACCUCCCAUCUGGAUGAGACUCUAUAAAAGAGAAGUUGCGCGUCAAUGGUAAGAGACACAUCGACCUGAUGGCAUUUUGAACUGCCUCAAACGAACGCACAGGGUCGGGUGUAUUCUACAUAGUCUCUCUCUCGAACCAAUCUAUAGUUUGAUGCCACAAUGUGUCAGAAGAGAACAUGGUGGGCAUGUAUACAGUCUGAGAUAGCCACCUGUUUCAGACCUAAUGGGCCGGUUGUUUUCAACCCCAUAGAAAUUUGCUGCAUCGGCCUGUGAUGUGGCCGUUAUCAACUGCCAUUGACGGGUACAAUGGCUUCGCUCCACAGGCAGCUCGGAGCGGUUGCGAAGCUAUAUAGUGACUGAUGUCGGAGCAUAGUCUUAAGAGUCAGCUCAAGCGUUAGAUUAUUACUGUGCUAGCUAGCAUUCAAAGUACAGUAUCAUCAGCGAAGGGAGG